UUUUUAUUUUUUAUACAUACAUACAUACAUACAUAUAAAGCAUCAUGAAUGAAAAAGAAAAUAGUUUGAAUGUACUCAGAACAUUGACAAACAAUAAAAAUGAAAUAAACCACGUUACGAAUAAAAUGAUUACAAAAGAGAUAAACAAUAAAGAAAAGCAUUCAACAUCACCACAAGCAGGAUUAAAAAUACUCAAUAAUAAUGUGAAUCGAAUGGAGUCUAUUCAAGAUGAAAAUAAAACAUUGAAAGAAAAAAAAGAUGUCAGACUAAAACAGGUAGAAGAGUUACCCUUCAAAGAUCAAAAUGAGGAUAAAAUAAAUGAAAGAUUACCAGAAGUCUUUCGUCGAUCACCUCCUUCUCUUGACAACAAUAUAUUAGAUUUACCAUUAUUUGUCCAUCAUGAAAAAGAAACAAAAAUUCACAUUCACCACAAAGAAACAAAACCACUUCUUAUGUCAAACAUUGUCAGUGAAGACAACAAUGUACAAAAACUUCAACUUCAAACUAAAAAAUUAGAAAACCAGAUCAAUAUAGCAGAAAAGGAAAAUGAAGAAAAAACAAAAAAACUUGUAGCUAUUCGUAAAGAGAUUCAUAUAAAAGAAAAGGAACUAAGUGAAAGGAAAGCUCAAACUAUGGAGAUUAAAGCACGAAUUCAGUCAUUAGAUGACCAAAUUGAAGAACAAAACGAAUAUUUUAAAGAAUUAUCUAGUAUCAUUUAUGGCAUAAAUGAAAAGGGGUUAAAGCAUCAAGAAGCUAUGCAACAAAAAGAAGAUGAAAUUAAUGACUUGUUGAAUCGUUUAUCAGAGACCAAUUAUAAAAUUAUGGAAUUGACUGAAUAAGAAUAAAUAAUUAUUAUACUAGAUUUUCUAUUAAUUGUGCUACACCUUUUCUCGAAAUGAAGUAUGCGUAUGAAAAGUGCUUAUUUAUUAUAUGGGACGUAGAUUCAG